AUGUACUGCUCUGGUCCCCGCCUCAGUCUCCCUGUACAGCCACCCCUGUGUGAGGAAGCCCCAUCUCCGGCCAUCACUGCCAGGAGUGGGGAGACAGUGGUCCCUUCCCCAGCCACCUGCCCGCUAGCAUUGCUGCCGGAGCGCCUGGUGUGCAUCGGGUACCCACACAAGAGCCUGCACUGCACCUAUGACCCUGCCUUCCCCACCAGGGGGCUGGUGUUUGACGCGCUCUGUGGAAACCUGCUGAAGGUGGACGCCCGCAGGAAUGUGCUGCUGGGCACCCAUGGCUUCUCCUUCCUCCCGGAGGCGGAGAUCUGGAGCUUCUACCCCAGUAAGUUCAUUCAGAGGGAUGACCUGAAGCGGUUCCACAUCCUCAUCAUGCUCUUCAACCUGCCUGACUGCCAGGGUCCUGAGCGCCAGGACGUCUCACUCCUGCUGAGGGCCAGGGCCAGGGCGUGGCGGAGCCUGAGCGGGCAUCCGGCCGGGUAUGGCGGGGUAGGAGCUGGCGAGGACCUAGCUGAGGACCUGCCCUGGAGGUCCUACUUUGACCUGAUCGUGGUGGACACACAGAAGCCCUGCUUCUUUCUGGAGGGAACGGUGCUGAGACAGCUCAAGAUGGACACGGGCAAGCUCCGCGUGGGCACCAGCACGGGGCCCCAUCAGCACUGUGCCGUCUACUCUGGAGAUACCGGGUCGUCGGAUGCAGCAUGUGAGCUGCUUGGGGUGCGGGGGAAAGACAUCCUGUACGUCGGGGACCACAUCUUUGGGGACAUCCUCAAGUCCAAGAAGCGGCAGGGCUGGCGGACUUGCCUGGUGGUUCCUGAGCUGUCCUGGGAGCUGGACAUCUGGGCCUGAGAGCAGGAGCGAAUGGAGGAGCUGAAGAGGCUGGACAUGCAACUGGCGGACCUGUACCAGCACAUGGAUGGCAGCCGUUCUGGGCUGCCACUCAUCAGCUCCACCAAGAGGGAGAUUCGGCGAGUCACCCAGGAGCUGGACCAGUGCUUCAGCGCGAUGGGCAGCCUGUUCCGCUGCGGCUUCCGCCAGACGCUCUUCUCCAGCCGGCUGAUGCGCUACGCUGACCUCUACAUGGCCACCUGCCUCGACUUCCUGUACCUCCCGCUCAGCUCUCUGUACCGGGCGGCCCCGGAGCUGAUGCCCCAUGAGUCAGCAGCAGAACCAGAAUGGGCCAAUCUGGGUCCCGCCGCCCACCUCCUCUCCUGCAGCCAGAGGGCUGAGGGCAAAGAGAGAGGCGAGGACCAGGAGGGCUGCACGGAGGCAGACUGAAUCCAGGACACAGGCCGACAUCGUGGUCAUCUUCCACUUGAAAUAUUUUUCAGGUCACUAUGAAAGACAGCGAGAUGCCCAGACAUCUUUGAACUUGAUGUAUACAUGCAUUAAAAACUGUAAGUCC